AUGCUACCACUGAAACAUGUAGUAACCAAACACAAAGCCAAACCAAAACUCAAACACAAAUCCCUCUCUUCAACUUAUUCUUCUUCUAUUUCUCUCUCAAGCAUUUUCACAAACACCUUACACUCAUCAAAACCAAAACCAAAACCAAAACCCAAACCUUCAUUCCCCAUACCUGAUAAACAAAUCACCGCCACCACCUUCAAAACCUGGUUUCAAACCAGUUACCUUUCAAACGACCCUCUUCUUCUCCGAAUCCACCAAUUCCUCUCUUCCAAGAACGAUUUCUCGGCUUUAUUCACUUCUCUUAAUAUUCCCCUCACCACACCCUUAGUCCUCCGUGUACUCCAUCAUGUUUCAUACAAUAACGACAUUCAAUCAUGUCUUAAAUUCUUCGAUUGGGCUGGUCGUCAGCCGCGAUAUACUCACACACGCGCUACUUUCACAGCCAUUUUUCGUAUGCUAACAACACGUGCUCAUCUUAUGCCGAUGCUUUUUGAGAUUCUUGAAAGAUUUGAGAAACAUGAAUUAUUUUAUCAUAAUGCUCGUUUUUAUGAUACUCUUGUUGUUGGUUAUGCAAUUGCUGGUAAACCUGAAAUUGCACUCCAUGUGUUUGGUAGGAUGCGUUUUCAAGGUCUUGAUUUGGAUGCUUUUGCUUAUCAUGUUUUACUCAAUUCACUUGCUGAGAAUGAGUAUUUUAAUAGUUUUGAUGUGAUUCUUAACCAGAUUCGGAUUAGGGGGUAUGCGACGCGUGUUACUGAUACCAUUGUUGUUAAGAGGUUGUGUGAGCAGGGUAGGUUUGAUGAGGCGGAGGAAUAUGUUAACGGAAUGUUGGGUAGUGGGAAAAAGUUGCGUGAUUUUGAGGUGAGUAUGCUUGUGGGUUUGUUAUGUGAGAGGAAAAAGUUUGAGCGUGCUGUUAAGUUGGUUAAGGAGUUUGGGAACACGGGGUUGGUUCCUUUGGAACAUGCUUAUGGGGUUUGUAUAAAGGGUCUUGUGAAGGGUGGUAGGUUGGACGACGCUUUGGAGUUUUUUAGACAGACGAGAGAUACUGAAGGGUCUGUUCCUCAUUUAUAUAGAUAUAACAUGUUGAUUUGUAGGCUUUUGAGGGAGAACCGGCUUCGCGAGGUCUAUGAUUUGUUGAUGGAUAUGUACGAGUCUUCUAUUCCACCUGAUCAGAUUACUAUGAAUGUUGUCUUGUGUUUCUUUUGCAAAAUUGGGAUGGUGAAUGUCGCGCUCCAAUUGUACGAAUCCAGGUCUCAGUUUGGACUGAAUCCUAAUACCAUUGCUUACAAGUAUUUGAUACUUAAUCUGUGUUGGGAUGGGAGUGUUAAGGAGGCGUACAGUGUUUUCAAAAGGUUUAUCGGUAAUGAUAAACUUUUUCCUGAUAGAGAGACCUUUACCACACUUGCCAAUGCUUUGUGCAGAGAGUGCAAGGUUGAUGAGAUGAAGGAGCUGAUGGAUCUUGCGAAGGAGCGGGAAUUUACACUUAGCCCUGUCACAAAUGCCAAGUUUAUAUCGGCUUUGUGCCAAGCUGGAAGAUUAGAAGAUGGUUAUGACGAGCAUGGGAAGCUCGAAAAUGCAACUGCUAAGCUGUACUACGAUAAAAUGAUUGAGGGUUUUAUUAAAUCAAAUAAGGGAGAGAUUGCUGCUCGCCUUCUUGUUGAAAUGAAAGAGAAGAAUCUUAGAUUGACGCGGUUCUCAUGCCGAGCUGUUAUUUGCAGAUUACUUGAUAUGGAUAAUCCAAUAACACGUGUUACCAAGUUAUUGGACUCGCUGACUCAAGGUAAACCUGAUACUAAGAUUUUCAACUUUUUCAUCGUUGGAGCUGGGCAUGCCAAUAACACAGACUUGGCCAGGGAAGUAUAUGAGUUGAUGCCAAGGAAUAACAUUGUGCCCACUCUUUUAUCUCAACGUCUUGUGUUAAAUAGUUAUUUGAGAAAUGGAAAGAUUAUUGAUGCUUUGAAUUUCUUUAAUAGUCUCCGGCGCCUGGGUGUGGUGAGUAAAAAAUUAUAUUGUUCCAUGGUUAUUGGUCUCUGCAAGUCCAAUAAGGUUGACAUUGCACAUGAUUUCUUGUUUGAAAUGUUAAACGCUGGUGUAAAUCCAGACAUUGAAUGCUUUGAGAGUCUUGUGUGGAAGCUUUGCUCAUUGCGAAGAUAUCAUAAAGCGAUAAAUCUUGUUCAAGUGUAUAUGAAAGGGGGACGUCGAUUAACUUCUUUUCUUGGCAACACGCUUCUUUGGCAUUCUUCAUUAUCGCCGGAUGUCUAUGGUAUAUUGGUUCAUUUAAGAGGAGCUGAAGAGGGAGAAAAUUCUCCUAUUUCUACAUUGAGCUUUGUCAUUGGUGCAUUUUCUGGUUGUCUCAGUGUAAACCGUUCUAUUGAGGAAUUGGAAAAAUUAAUAGCGAUGUGCUUUCCGCUUGACACUCACACCUACAAUCAGCUGCUGAGAAGAGUAGCCAGUUAUGACAUGAACCAAGCUUGUGAGCUGUUUAAUAGGAUGUGUCAAAGGGGUUGUAAGCCUAAUGGUUGGACAUAUGAUUUCAUGGUACGUGGUUUUUUAAAUCAUGGGAGAAAUGAUGAGGCUAAACAGUGGGUUGAAGAAAUGCACCAAAAAGGAUUUGAUCUAACAGAUAGUACCAGAAUAAAUGUAAGAAAAAUGAUUUUAUCAAAUGAAGAAUAA